CGGGGCAGGCGCGGGCGGCCCUGGUCCUGGCCUGGCCGCCGCGAGAAGCCUCUGCGUCCUCUCCACCUCCAGAACGGCUCUUCUCUCCACCCAGCUCGAAGCCGCCUUCUCCCAGCGACCCCGGCGCGAUGAGGUCCCGCGGUGAGGCCGGGCUCGCUGCCCCUCGGACCUGGACGACACCCGCUCUCCUUGCCGCUCUGCCCGCUCCGCCCUUCCUAAGGCCCCGGGGUGCGGCCGCGGGAGCGGCGGGGUCACACGCAGGGCCCAGGGCUGCAGGAAUCCGGGCUCCAGCCUCGGGAACUCGGGGCGUGAGGCCAGCCGCGGGGACAGGCUGUCAGGCGGCGGGGUUCGCGUGACAGUCAACCCCGAGCUAGCGGAUAACCCAACGCGCUGCAGCCAGGCCCUCGCUCCUGGUUCUCCUUUCUUCUCCCUUCCUUCCCUUCCAUCAGGAGCGGGGCUCCAUCCGGCCUGAUUUCUGUAUUCUGACUCUUGGCCUUUUUCCCAUCCUCUCAGGGUCCUCUCCCUGGGAAUUUGGAGAGCUGCGCGGGACGAGGCAAGUCCGUAAGAGUCCUGAGUGGUGGACACUCUUGCGGCCAGCCUGUCCCAGGUCCUGCUUUUCCUCUGCGCCCUCACCCACCUCCUGUGCUCCGGACACCCCACAUGCCACCUGCAGCCAGGGUCAUUUUGACUUUGGGGAAGAGGCAGAGCUGCACAGCGCCAGACCCCGUGAAGAAAGUGGGCGAGGACAUGGCAUCGUGUUUUUAUGAAGCUGCCUUCCUGUUGGAUGGCACGUGGCAGCAGCAUUCACCGUAUUUUGGAUCAUACCUCCGAAAGACACUCAGGAAAGAGGACUCCAGAACUGUUUCAGAAAGUGGUACUCUGGAACGUCCAACUCCAAAUUCACAUCCAGCACUUAAAUUGUCCAACACUGAAUUCAUCACCUUCCUCCCCAAACCUGCUGCUCUCCCUGCUGUAACAUUGCACGCCCCCUUUCCUCUCCCACGGACAAUGCCCUGCAUUUCUCUUGACCUGGCCCACUUUGCUUUAACGUGGCCCCCGAGACCCAGUGAGACCUUCCUGCCUGCUUCCCUCAUUUUCACCUCCUGGCCUACUCCAUGCCACACCCAUCUUAAGCUCCGCCCAGCUCCGAGUGCCCGACCCUCCCAGGAGCCUGUGAGGACACAGCGCCUGCCACACAACCCGCCGCUCAGCCCGUGCAGCGCCAGCUCUCAUUCAGCGUCCUUACGGGAGCUUUCCCAAGGCACCGUGACCCUGACGGGAAUCCACAGACACCGCGGCCCUUCUGCGGCUCGUGGCGCCCUCCCCACCAUCCUUUGUCACAUUGCUAGUGACACCACCUGGCUUUUCCCUACUCGGCUGGAACUUUGCAGAGGCCAUGGGAAUAGGCCCGUGUGUCACUUCAUCUUCUAUCAGCAGAUCUAAAAUGCUUCCUAAUUCACAGACCUGCUCAAUAAACAUCUGUUCAGUGAAGAAAUAUAAAACUAAUAAAAUGAUAAUGAUCCUUGCUGGGUGUGGUGGUGCAUGCCUAUAAUCGCAGCACUCC